ACUGUCAACGUUUGCGGAAGAAUCGGCUUGUCUUCCGAGAUUCAUCAACAUAAUAUUAUUUUAUACAACGUAUCGUAGGAAAUAUUUCGUUUUAUUUUUCAAAAUGAAUCAAUUUAUCGGUGUUGCGUUUGUUGUUUGCAUUUUACAAUUGAUUACAGUGAUUGAAUGCAAAACAGAAAUCCCAACCAAACACGAAAAGCUGGUGACUUUUAUAAAAGUCGACUAUGAGAUUAACAAAAAUUUGAUGAGUAUGAAAGUCGAUUUGAAAAAUAAUACAAAUGGCCGCCCAACUGUUGAUCUUGAUGCUGAAUUAUUCACCGAAAUACCAGAUGAGUUAUAUAUAAACAAUAUCAUCUCGAGACGAGUUUCACAAUUGGAAUAUCAUGCUUUGAUAAAAACGGGCCGAUUAAGUUUGUGUGAUUUCUUCAAGAACUCCGAUCGGGAGCCCUUUUUGAAAACAUUGUUGAGAAAUUUGGAAACAUUCGGUCACAUGAUGUUCAAUUGCCCAGUGAAAAAGGGCAAAUAUUACUUGAAGGAUUUCUAUAUGGAUACAAAUACGUUGCCAUCUUUUACGCCAACGGGUGAUUAUCGCGUGGAUUUUGCUGUGACGAGAAAAGAGAAGGAUGCAUACGUUCCAAUAUAUCGAAUGCUUUGGUAUGCGACGGUAUCCUACUAAGAAAAAGUGAUUCGUUUCAGCACAAGCGAGUUCAUACACAUUCACUGGUGUGUGUGUGUGUGCUUUUGUAAUCCAAAGAGAAAAAAACAUAUGUUUUGUCCUAGUAAAAUAAAUAGUCGUCAUGAACAAGAUUUUUUGUGCUUUUCAUAAGAAUAACUGACGACAAAGAAAAAAAAUUGUAAUUCAUGUGUGCAAUAAAUCAAUGAGUUCGUGAUCACACUUGCA